UUCCUCCAACCAGCGACCUAGCCACAUCGAUCGAGUUCAUGCUGCGCAAGCAUCGUCGCGCCGAUUGAUCACGACACCGGCGCACGAGCAUGUCCUCUCCCCAUCUCCUCCGUCUCCGUUUAUUUCCCCAGCCCCUGCUCUUGGAAGUUAAUAGAGUACAGAGUACUUGCUCCAUUGCUGGCUCUGAUCCGUCCGGCCGCAUCAGCUUCUCGCGCCGGCCGACGCCCACACGGCACAUGCAGGGAGGUUGAUGGAGACCGCCGGACCGGUCGAGCUAGAGGGUAUACAGGCCUUUGUAGGAGUUGCACAAGUAUAACCCCGGCCUUGUUGCUUGCUCCCCUACGCUUCUUCUUCCUGGCUACAUACAAAUUAUUCCUUCCGGUCCUCCGGCAUCGCCAAGCUAUAUAUUUCCUUCCUGCCAACCUCCCUAUCCCAACCUCAUUCAUACAAACUCAAGCUAUAGCAACAUAGAUAUAUGCCCUGCCUAAUCUCUGCUACCUAGAUACCUGGCUUAUACUUUCUCUCCUUCUCCACUAUCUUGCUAGCUCAAUUGGUGCCGUGCUGGAAGCGCCAUCCAUAGAUCUCUCAUCCAUAUCUAUCCAUACACACCACGAUUCACAAUACAGAUUGUAGAGAGAGUUUAGCAGGAGGAAGAGGGUUCAGAGAGAAGAUAGUGCAUAGAUAUAGAGAUAAACUUUUCCAUGGGGCUGCGGGACAUCGAGAUGACGCUGCCGCCGGGGUUCCGCUUCUACCCGAGCGAUGAGGAGCUGGUGUGCCACUACCUGCACGGCAAGGUGGCCAACCAGCGCUUUACCGGAGGAGCCACCGGGACCAUGAUCGAGGUCGAUCUGCACGUCCACGAGCCAUGGGAGCUGCCAGACGUGGCGAAGCUGAGCACAAAUGAGUGGUACUUCUUCAGCUUCCGCGACCGCAAGUAUGCGACGGGGCUGCGCACAAACCGCGCCACCAGGUCCGGCUACUGGAAGGCCACCGGCAAGGACCGCGUCAUCCGUAGCCCAAGGUCGUCGUCCUCAUCCAGCUCCGGCCGUGCCACCAUUGUCGGCAUGCGCAAGACCCUCGUCUUCUACCGCGGGCGUGCCCCCAACGGCAGCAAGACCUGCUGGGUCAUGCACGAGUUCCGCAUCGAGAACCCUCACUCCCCACCCAAGGAGGACUGGGUGCUGUGCAGAGUUUUCGACCAGAAGAAAGCCGACACGGAGUACGCCGUGGACGGCAAGCAGGAGCUCGGCGGCGGCGGCGUGGCUCAGAAGGCUGCUGCCGUGAGCGGAUCCAACUACGUAAGCUCCUCAUCCUGCUACGAUCCGGAUCGGUAUCAGCACUCGCCUUCCGCGCCGUUCCCUUCCCUUGGCGCUGGCGGCCACCAUUACCAGAUCACGUCCUGUGAUCAUCACCACCCCGACGGCGCAGCAGGCGUCUCGCUCAGCAAUGUCGACGCUUUCGCCGGCAUGCCGCAGCUGCUGAGCUACGAAACUAUCCUCGACUUCAGCCAGCAACUCCUGGGCGGCGGCAGUGCAGCGGCGGGUUUGAGAGACGGCGCCGAUGAUCAGUGUGGCGGGGCGCUGAUGGACCUAGGGCUGCAGGUGCAGGAGGAGCACUACAACUACAACAGCUUGAUGUAGAUGUGUAUAUAUGAUGUAGAUCGGUGGGUGCUGCAUGCCGCUAUAGGUUAGUUGACAAAAACCGGUACGUUGACUCGUGUGCAACAAAUCAUAUGAUCGGGGAGCUAGACAAGGUGACCACUCACCGGUACACAGGCUAUGAUAAGACGCACACCCAACGGGACAGGUAUGGACAUUUGUUACAUAUACGAAGCGCCACUGUUGAUACCCAUCUAAUAAACUUCAUCAUCUUUCUCGCAAAAAUACUUAUAAACGUCGUGUAAAAAAAUGAUCUGUAUAUUUCUGGCGCCAAGAAGAACUUAUUUCCUCUUGAAAGCUUAA